AAGGGCCUUUUUGGGGGGUGGGGGGAACAGGGUCCCCAGGUGUGAACUUGGAAAGACAGGCUCCCUCCCUUCCUGCCAUGGAGAAAUCCAUUUGCAAUUCGUCUCACAGCAAGAAGGCGAUCCAGCCCCUUCAUUAUCUUAGCAGAGCAGAAGCAGCAGCUAUUGAGAAGGAGCUCCUAGAAGAGUUUAGAUUUGGACAUCAGCAGUUAAUUGAGAUCUGGGGUCAUGCAUCUGCCAUGGCGGUGACCAAGGUCUUCCCCCGGCGGUCUCUUCCGAAGAAGCAGCCGACACUGUUGGUGAUCUGUGGUUGUGAACAGAACGGGGCAAUCGGCCUGGCAUGUGCCCGGCAUCUGCGUGUAUUUGAAUAUGAGCCAACCAUUUUCUACCCCAAAAAGUCUUCUAAUCCUCUCUACAGAGAUUUCACCACACAGUGCGAAAAGAUUGAUAUCCCUUUCCUUUCCUAUCUGCCAACAGAGAUUCAACUAAUCAGUGAUGCAUACAACCUGGUGGUUGAUGCCAUGCUUGGUGUAGAAGACAGCCUGGGUGAACUAUCAGAGCCCUACUGCACAAUCUUGGCAACUCUCAAGCAAAUUCGGAUUCCUCUUAUCAGCCUGGAUGUCCCAUCUGGUUGGGACGUGGAGACGGGCAGCAGUGAUGGAAUCAGCCCUGAUGUCCUCGUCUCCUUGGCGGCACCAAAACAAUGUGCCACGAGAUUUAUGGGCAAGCACCACCUGGUGGCCGGGCGCUUCCUCCCCUACGACGUGCAGAAGAAAUUUGAACUGAAUUUGCCAGAAUACCCUGGCACAGAGUGUGUGGUUGCUCUGUAGGGCCUGGAAUCAUCCAGCAGUUUGUGGCUUCUGGAUUUCUUGGGCACGCUAAGAACAUCCUGGUUUGCUUCUCUUGAAUGUCAGACAAGAUCCCCAGUAUUAAUCAGUUCCAUAUCUAGGCUUUGGAAUGUAUAAUAGUAUCGUUUAAUCCAUUGUGAAAAUCUGGCAAAACCAUUUGGAAGAGACGGAGCGCUCAAGCUACUGAGCCACCUAACAGAAUCCCUCCGGUAAAUGGGAAUUAAAAGACACACACAUAAAUUUGUCUUCAAAUAACUGUUAGGAGACCCAUUAAAAUUCAAGCCAAUUUUUAUAAUCUGCUGAAUGCUGAUUUACGUCUAUGUUAUGUGUGUGUGCCUUUAGGAAAGGGGAGUUUUUUAGGAAUACUUUCCUCCACUCAAAUUUUUAUUUUCCUUCUUUCUUCCCCUUUGCCUCCUCAAAGCAAUCUUUAAGGAUUUAGGGCCCGAAGCUGCUCUAAACAUAUUUUAUGUUAUUAUUUGUUUCAAAUACUUCUUACAUCACUUUCAGGGGUAUGUUCACCAAAAUGCUGUAUACUCCAUCUGGGGGGCAGCUAGGCAAUUGGAGUUGAGGUAGGGGUGGCUGCAAGGAAAGGGGUCAAAAUGCCCACCCUCUUGCAGAUUUUAAAUACCCCCCCUUCAGGUGAACACACCUGAAUUGAGAGAUCUCAGUGUGUAGAUGAGACAGAGGUGCUGGGAAGAGGCAUUCAGAUUUGUUAGGCCUUAAGGAACAGUUUGGGACAGGAGCUGGGCCUUGACAAAAGGGAUGAGUGAUGAUCUAUUUAUUUAUCCUUAUUUAUAUUAAAAUUCUUCCCUGCUCUUCUAAUGUAUACACAUCACUGAAAGCAGGAUGUGCUUAAUAUCAAAAAGGUGGCAGGGCAACAGAUAGAGCAUGUACAGCUGGAAUUUUCAGGGGUUCCCCCUCAGUUUGGGAUCCCCUGAUUCUGUUAAAAGUGGACAUACCAUUAGAUGGCAGUAAAGAUAUGGAAAAAGUCUCUUUGCUUCCAUCCAGUGGUCAUUUUAUUUUUUUCCAAAUGAUUUUUAGGCUUCCAGAACCGUUGGUUGGCUGGAGUUUCUGGAUUUGUAAAAAAGGGAUAUGUAGACAGCACGCGCAGCAUUGGUAAUGAGGGUGACAAUGGAAUGAAAGAAAUAGUAAGGGGAAGCCUUACUUAAUGUUAAUUAAUGUUUUAAAAUUCUUUAAGACCAUCAACAACCCUUGUGGAUAGGGCAUGAUCUAAUAGACCUAAUUUAUCUGGAUUUUUAAAAAGCUUUCCAGAAAUGUUCCUCAGCUAGACAGUCCUGGGAUAAUCUGCAUCUGUUUGCAUCUGUAACUCCCCCCAAAAUAUCAAAAUAUUUUUUGUACACAACCUGAAUGUGCAUGGUUUGUAAUGGAAUUUCCCAGAAAAACACUUUGUAACAUGAAUGUUCCUGAUGUCAUAUUUGUAAAC